UGGUUUCAUGAGUGCGAACGAUUUUAGCACAACAUAUUUAUGAAGAUUUGAGAUUAGUUUAAUCUCACCACCGUGUCCUGUCUGCACUUUGCCGAAAUUAUCUAAUCUGUGCGUAUCGUUUGCAGUCCGCGUGCCUGGGCGGGCGCGGGGAAUGAGGUGCGGGAGGGGGGCGCUCACGAUUGGCCCGGUUCACCUCAGCUAAAGCCUUCAGUUCAGUCUGCCUCCGACCACCGUAGGGGGAGAACGCAUGCCGCACCGGCGCUGCCCCAUCCGUGUGACCUAACAACGCAAAAUCUUAAAUAAAACCGUGUGUGAAACAAUAAAAUCCCCCCUGUGUAUUGUUUAUUGGCACCUGUGACGUCAUUUCGCCUCAACAAAGCACCACAAUAUCGGAAAACAACACGAACACGACGGUAUCGGUGAUACAUACAUAUUUUUCGGGAAAAGUACAUACGUCGUAAAAGAUGUCUGUAUACACAAGAACCGUAAACAGAGCCGCCGCGACCAACCACUGAAACUGCCAUGACAUCCGAGAAACCCAUCGAUGUCGUCGCAAAGAAGCCCGAGGCUAGCAAACCGAACGCAAACUUCCCCGAUGACAACCCAGACCCCAAAACGGAUAACCAACAAGACAAACUCAUGCGUACCCAUCAAUUGAUGCAUCUAGUUUACGAACUGCCCGUCGAGAGCGUAGAGGAAGAGAUGCUUAAAGAGAACCCACCGAUAACUAUAGUCGAAAUAACGGAACACAAUGGUUGUGAAUUAGAUAGUGCCAGGCAAAGUCAUAGUGAUUAUUAUAAAGAGUCUAGUCCCGAUUUAGGCGAUAAGGUUGUGUACGACGCGUUAGAGACUAAUGAACUGAUGCGAUGCGCAGAUGAAUACAAAGAAGUGAUAGAUAGGACGUCCCCUGAUGACGUUACUGAGGACGAUUUGGUGGAGUUGAAAACGUUGCUGGCAAACAAGCCGAAGUUAUUAGAGAAGUAUGUGAGAGAAUGUGCAAGUAUAGACGAAGUGAACAGGUUGCACGGCAUAACGUCCUGUGGCUCGUUAUCUCCAAGGCUGCAUGAGGCGAGGAGUACUUCGGUUACGUCAGAUCUGUUCCAGUUAUGGCUGUCUUCGUCGCCGGUUAAGAGGUCGAGAUCGCCGAGUAAUUCAGCACAACGGCAGCUGGAGGAGGCGGACUUGUUUAUGGACCUCAUCAAAGACGUGGCCAACGAAUUGGACAUUGACGUGCUUUGCCAUAAGAUCUUGGUGAACGUGUGUCUCCUGACGGCGGCCGACCGAGGGAGCCUGUUCCUCGCUAAGGGCACUCCUCCCGCCCGAUACCUGCAGGCCAAGCUGUUUGACGUCACCAGGGACACAGACCUGUAUACAGCUCUGCGGAUAGCUCAAACGCAGGAGAUCAGGAUAAACUUCGGCGUGGGUGUGGCUGGUCUGGCCGCUCAGACCAAACACCCCAUUAACAUUAAGAAUGCGUACGCUGAUCCCAGGUUUAACAGUGAGAUCGACGCGCGCACUGGCUACAAGACCGAGCUGAUAUUGUGUAUGCCCAUCUGCAACUACGAGGGCGACGUGGUGGGCGUCGCGCAGAUCAUUAACAAAACUGAUGGCUCGAAAGAGUUUUCCACACGAGACGUGGAAGUUUUCCGGCGUUACCUGACGUUCUGCGGCAUUGGCAUACAAAAUGCUCAGCUGUUCGAGUCGUCAGUGCUGGAGUACAAGAGGAACCAGAUCCUUCUGGCUCUGGCGAGGAGUAUAUUCGAGGAGCAGAGUAAUCUGGAGUGUCUGGUGACCAAGAUCAUGACUGAGGCGAGAGAAUUGCUGAAAUGCGAGCGAUGUGCUGUAUUCAUAUUGGAUACAGAUCAUUGCGAAUCGAGUCACCUAGAGCGAAUAGUGCAGCGGCCGGGCGGCAGACGGAGCUCGGUCCCCGCGCUGCCCCCGCCGGCGCCGACGCGCUUCCACACGCUGUUCGAGCUGGGCGCCAAGCACUCGCGCACCACGCUCACCCCCAGACACGACAUCAAGUCCACGCUCGCGUGUAUCGCGCUCGCGGUGGCUCAAUCGAACAAAGCACUGAACAUAUCGGACGUGGACGAGUGGCGCGCACACAACGGCAUGGUGGUGGCCGACAUGGCGGCGGACGACGCCGUCAACGUGCGCACCAUGCUCUGCAUGCCCAUUGUUAACGCCAACAAAGACGUCAUCGGUGUGGCACAGCUGAUUAAUAAGGAAAACGGUUCUCAGUUCUCUGACGGAGACAUCUCGAUAUUCGAAGCGUUCGCCAUAUUCUGCGGGCUCGGCAUCCACAACACGCAGAUGUAUGAAAACGCUUGCAAACUGAUGGCCAAGCAGAAGGUAGCGCUGGAAUGCCUGUCGUACCACGCCACGGCGUCCACCGAGGACACCGCCAAGCUGUGCCAGGACGUCAUCCCCUCGGCGGAGAUUUACAACCUCUACAGCUUCCAUUUUCAUGAUUUCGAUCUUUCCGAUGAAGACACAUGUAGAGCUACUCUACGGAUGUUCCUGCAAUGCAACCUCGUUGAGAAGUUCCAUAUACCUUAUGAUGUUCUCUGCCGAUGGAUAUUAAGCGUAAAGAAGAAUUACCGUCCAGUGAAGUACCACAACUGGAGGCACGCGCUGAACGUGGCGCAAACUAUGUUCGCGAUGCUGAAGACUGGCAAAAUGGAACGAUUUAUGUCUGACCUUGAGAUCCUGGGGCUCUUGGUCGCUUGUCUGUGCCACGAUCUCGACCACAGAGGCACCAACAACGCGUUCCAGACCAAAACUGAGAGCCCCUUAGCGAUUCUGUAUUCGACGUCGACGAUGGAGCAUCACCAUUUCGACCAGUGCGUCAUGAUUUUGAAUAGCGAAAGCAAUAAUAUAUUUCAGGCUUUAUCUCCGUGUGACUACAAGGACGUGAUGAGGGUGGUGGAGACGGCGAUACUGUCGACGGACCUAGCGAUGUACUUCAAGAAGAAAUCAAAGUUCCUAGAACUAGUUGAAAACGGCGAGUUCGAUUGGCAAAGUCAGGAGAAGAAAGAAUUGCUUUGCGGCAUGAUGAUGACCGCGUGCGACGUGUCGGCGAUAGCGAAGCCGUGGGAGGUGCAGCACAAGGUCGCCAAGCUGGUCGCCGACGAGUUCUUCGACCAGGGGGACUUGGAAAAGUUGCAGCUCAACCAGCAACCUAUUGCUAUGAUGGACAGGGAGAAAAAAGACGAAUUACCUCAAAUGCAAGUUGGCUUCAUAGACAUGAUAUGUUUACCGCUGUACAAAGUACUGUCGGACACCUUCCCCUGGAUACAGCCUCUGUACACCGGCACCAUGGAGAACCGGCAGCGGUGGCAGGACCUCGCGGAGAAGGUCGAGAUGGGACUCACGUGGAUUGACCACGACACCAUAGACAAACCCAUAGAAGAGUUCACAGCGUCCAAAGAGCCCAUCAAAGACGUAGAGUUCACGGUGACCACGCUGAACUGCGCGCGCCCACUGUCGGACACCAGUAGCAUGGUGCUGGUGAAGCCCAUUAAACCAUACUUCCACUCGCUCAGACGAGGGAAGAGCGGGAGCGUGACAUCGCGUCCCGCCAGGAGUAAGCUCACUAGUUUCCUGCAGAUCCCUCUACGCGGCGCCAAGCUCGCGCGAGAGCGCGCCGAGCCCGCCGCCCGCCCGCGCUCCGCUGACGACGCCGGAGGAGACGCCGCUGCCGCCCAAGCAGAAACAUAAAGGACGGUUAUGCCAUAUGUUGUGACGGUUAAGUUUCAACUGGAGAAGCCAGAGCAGUACAGACAAGCAGGACAAAGUGAAACCGUCCAAAUCAAUCGACUAACUGAACGAUGCAAUCGAGACGCGUAAAAUGAAUGACUUUCUUAAAUAGUGUUGUUUCUUCGAGGUUAUUAGAUUAUAUCUGUUUUUGGGCAGAGGCAAAAUCAAAUGCUCGGGCAAUAUGAACAUUGGUUAGGCAAAACAAACGUGCCCUGUCCAUAGGGCAAGAUAUAAUGCAAUCUUAGCUUGCAUUUGUCAGGUGAUGAACUUGCUAAAAAAAAAGGUAAAAUACGAGAUCCGGUAAAAGAAAUAUAUAUAUCUAAUGCCGGUUCUUAUAGCAGUACCCAUUUUCCAUUUUUCCCAAGCAUUUUGACUAAUGCUUCGAUCGUGACACGUCUACUGUUGAAACGGACCUACUUAGUAGUAAUAAAGUAGUAUUUAUAUUGUCUGAUUGAGAAAAUAUCUAAUUCUGUGUAAAUGAUUAUUGGAAUGGAAUAUGGAAUAUUUUACUAUUCUUUUUAUUCUAUUGCUAUCUGUAAACUAUGGACUGGAAUAAUUGAAUUUGCAAUUUCAAAAAUGUAAAAUGCCCAGGAUUUAAAAUAAACUUAUUUUAAAAUUAAUCUAAAUAUUCAUUAGAUAUUUGUGUGUAUGUGCAGAAUAUCCGACUUAAUCCUUUUGGAAAUUGCAUAUUCAAUUAUAUUUUAGUUGUUUCAAUGUACUUGUCCAAAGUAACGGAGCUUAGUAAGCAAUAAAUUAUUCUUAAAUUAUAAACAAAAACUUUUCUCAAUCAGAUGAGGUUUUAGUGAAAGUUAACUAAUAAUUACUUGGUUAUAGUUUAUUCGCGUAGAGGAGAUAUUUAU